CAUUAGAUCAAGUACCUGCUCUUAUUCUUCCUCAGUUCAAGACCUGAACUGAAGGGACAAUGGGGACUUGCAAGGGCAUAUGGACACCUACAGCAGUCUUUAUAAUUGUUCUUAUCAGUCUCCAGGUACAAGGCACCCAAAAAAAUCUUAAACCGGUCGAUGGCAACAAGGAAAAUGUUGUAAAGAAUAAUGUGAAAGUGGCAAAAGAUUCCAACGAGGCCUCAGGUCAGAAGGUGUUUCAGAAAGUCCAAUCAGGAAAAAACAUAGGGAAUCAAAAGGAUUUGUUUGAUGUUCCUAGUAAUGAACAUUCAUAUGAACAGGUUGGAUCAGGAAAAAACAUAGGGAAUCAAAAGGAUUUGCUGGUUGGAUCAGGAAGAAACACAGAGAAUCAAAAAGAUUUAUCUAAGGUUUCUAGUAAGGAAGAUUCAUAUGAAGAGGUUAAAUCAGUUGUAAAGAAUAAUGUGAAAGUGGCAAAAGAUUCCAAUGAGGCCUCAGGUCAGAAGGAGUAUCAGAAAGUCCAAUCAGGAAAAAACAUAGGGAAUCAAAAGGAUGUGUUUGAUGUUCCUAGUAAUGAACAUUCAUCUGAACAGGUUGGAUCAGGAAGAAACACAGAGAAUCAAAAAGAUUUAUAUAAGGUUUCUAGUAAGGAAGAUUCAUAUGAAGAGGUUAAAUCAGGAAAAAACAUAGGGAAUCAAAAGGAUUUGUUUGAUGUUCCUAGUAAUGAACAUUCAUCUGAACAGGUUGGAUCAGGAAAAAACAUAGAGAAUCAAAAGGAUUUGUUGGUUGGAUCAGGAAGAAACACAGAGAAUCAAAAAGAUUUAUCUAAGGUUUCUAGUAAGGAAGAUUCAUAUGAACAGAUUAAAUCAGUUGUAAAGAAUAAUGUGAAAGUGGCAAAAGAUUCCAACGAGGCCUCAGGUCAGAAGGAGUAUCAGAAAGUCCAAUCAGGAAAAAACAUAGGGAAUCAAAAGGAUUCAUUUGAUGUUCCUAGUAAUGAACAUUCAUCUGAACAGGUUGGAUCAGGAAGAAACACAGAGAAUCAAAAAGAUUUAUAUAAGGUUUCUAGUAAGGAAGAUUCAUAUGAAGAGGUUAAAUCAGUUGUAAAGAAUAAUGUGAAAGUGGCAAAAGAUUCCAAUGAGGCCUCAGGUCAGAAGGAGUACCAGAAAGUCCAAUCAGGUGAAAAAAAUAAAGUGAACGUGGCAGAUGAUUCCGUUGAGUCCUCAGGCCAGCGGGGGUUAAAUCAGAAAGUUAAAUCAAUUGUUAAGAAUAAGGGGAAGGUGGCAGAAGAUUCCCUUGAGUCCUCAGGUCAACAAUUGUUUAAUGUAAAAUCUGUUGAAGAAAAUUACAAGAAAGUUGCAGGUCAGCAGGAAAUGAAUGAGAAAGUCAAAUCAGCUGCUGAAAACAGCGAUGAGAAGUUGCAGAAAGAUACUUCUGCCCAGUCAAAUAGUAAAGAGUCAAGCCAGCUGGAUGAAGAUGAUGUUGAAGAGUACGAAGGUGACAGUCAAAGUAAGGAAGCUCAGUCUACAAAAGACAAAACGGACAAAAAAAAUAUCAAUCAAAGCCCUAACACUGACAGGUCAUGGUAUUACCAGCAAAGAAACCGAUAUGACCAGAGUGCAGAGAAGCCUUCCAAGCUGACCUUUAUUGCACCAACAACACCACCAGUGUUUAGAAGUAUUUCUACGGCUCACAACGGCCAAGUCUGCAGUACAUGGGGUAACUACCACUUUAAGACUUUCGAUGGCGACAUCUACCAUUACCCCGGGACCUGCAACUACUUGUAUGCUUCCAACUGCAAGAGCAGUUUUGAAGAGUUUAACAUUCAGAUCAGACGCUCUGUUGUUAAUGCUCUUCCAACCAUCAGCCACAUUAUAAUGAAAAUUGAUGGUAUAUUCAUCGAACUGACCAGUGGAAACAUUACAUUUAAUGGAGAACCAGUGGAACUGCCAUUCAGCUUCUCAGGAGUCCAGAUUGAUAGAAGUGGAAUAUAUAUAAAAGUCACUGCAAAACUGGGUCUUGAAUUUAUGUGGAAUGAAGAUGACGCCAUUUUGCUGGAACUUGAUAAGAAGUUUGCCAAUACAACAUGCGGUCUUUGUGGAGACUUCAAUGGAAUUCCAACUUACAAUGAAUUUAUUGCAAACAAUGUUCAAGUGUCUGAUAUCCAGUUUGGAAACAUGCAGAAGCUGAAUGGACCAACAGAAAGGUGCCAAGAUGUAACUGUGAACCCACAGAACAACUGUACCGAUUCUAGGAGAUUAUGUGAAGUCGUCCUCACCAACUCAGCGUUCUCACCAUGCAACGCCCUUGUAGAUGCUACACAAUACAUUGAGGCCUGUGUACAAGAUUUGUGUCGUUGUGCACAAAGUGCAGCUGGUUUCUGCCUCUGUAAUACCUUCACUGAGUACUCGAGGCAGUGUGCUCAUGCAGGAGGGAGACCUCGCAACUGGAGAACAUCCACUCUUUGCCCUUUAAAUUGCAACUACAACAUGCAGUACAAGGAAUGUGGCAGUGCCUGUCCAGACACAUGCACCAACUCUGAGCGUUCAUCGGUGUGUAACAAUCACUGCAUCGAUGGAUGCGUCUGUCCUGAAGGAACUGUAUUUGAUGAUAUAAACAACUCUGGCUGCAUUCCCAAGCAACAGUGUUCCUGUACGUACAAUGGAAGGGUCUAUGCGGCAGGCACUGGAUAUUCUGAACAAUGCCAAUCAUGCUCAUGUGCUGAAGGGAAAUGGAAAUGUGUGGAAGCCCCUUGCUCAGGAUCUUGCUCUGUUGAAGGAGGAUCUCACAUCACUUCGUAUGAUGCCACACGUUACACAUUUCACGGAGACUGUAGCUAUGUCCUGUCUAAGACCUGUAACAACCAGAAGUUCAGUGUCCUUGGAGAGCUGCGCACCUGUGGCCUGACAGACACAGAGACUUGCUUAAAGAGUAUAACCCUCAUUUUGGAUGAAGGGAAAGAGAUUAUUUACAUUCAGCCUUGUGGAAGUGUAUUUGUGAACUACAUAUUUACCCAGCUACCGGUUUCAUCAGCAAGUGCAACAAUCUUCAAGCCUUCAACUUUCUACAUAAUUGUGCAGACUAAAAUUGGCAUUCAGCUUCAGAUUCAGCUCAGCCCCAUGAUGCAAGUAUACAUCAAUGUUGAACCAUCCUACAAAAACACACUCUGUGGUCUCUGCGGCAACUUCAACAGAAUUCAAGCAGAUGACUUCAGAGUGCUCAGUGGAGUGACAGAAGGCACUGGAUCAUCUUUUGCCAACACAUGGAAGGUUCAUGCCAACUGUCCCAAUGUUAGGAACAGCUUUGAGAAUCCAUGUUCCCUCAGCAUCGAAAAUGAACAAUAUGCAAUACGCUGGUGCUCAAUAAUCACAGAACCCGAAGGACCUUUUGCCGAGUGUCACAUGAAAGUGAAUCCAACGAAUUAUAAAACAAACUGUAUGUUUGACACCUGCAACUGCGCCAACAGUGAGGAAUGUUUGUGUGCAGCCGUUUCUUCCUACGUCCAUGCCUGUUCUAGAGCAGGGAUCAUCAUCAGGGGAUGGAGAAAAGAUGUCUGCAAUACAUAUACCACAACCUGUCCCAGAUCUUUUACAUACAGCUAUAAUGUCAAUACCUGCCAACGAACCUGCCGCUCCCUUAGUGAACAUGAUAUCACCUGUGACAUCUCAUUUGUCCCCAUCGAUGGGUGCGUUUGCCAGAAUGGAACGUACCUGGAUGACACUGGCAAAUGUGUUCUUCCAACAUCCUGCCCUUGUUUUUACAAGAGAACAACAGUACUUCCGGGAGAGGUGGUCCAUGACAAUGGAGCCAAGUGCACAUGCACCAAAGGAAAGCUGGACUGUAUUGGACAACAACCUGAAGUUAAAGUGUGUGAUGCUCCUAUGAUCUAUUUUGACUGCACCAACAAAACGGCUGGUACGAAAGGGUCAGAGUGCCAGAAGAGCUGCCAGACCCUGGAUAUGCAAUGUUAUAGCACUCAGUGUGCAUCUGGGUGCGUGUGCCCACAUGGACUAGUAGCCGAUGGAAAUGGAGGCUGUGUAAGGGAAGAUGACUGUCCAUGCCUACACAACAAUGAGCAAUACUCCCCGGGUUCUCAAAUCAAAAUCAAAUGCAAUAGUUGUACCUGCAAGAACAGAAUGUGGGAGUGCACCAAUGAUCAGUGUAUGUCAACAUGUUCUGUAUAUGGAGACGGCCACUACCUUACCUUCGACAACAAGAGAUAUCGUUUCAAUGGAAACUGUGAAUAUACAUUGGUUCAAGAUUACUGUGGCGGGGGUUCUUCUAGUGGUUCUUUCCGCAUCAUUACCGAGACGGUACCUUGUGGCACUACAGGAACAACAUGCUCUAAAUCCAUCAAACUCUUUCUUGGGAACUAUGAGAUCAUCCUUGCAGAGGAUAAAUUUGAGGUUGUACAAAGAGAAGAAGGAGAAUAUAUCCCAUACAAGGUUCACCAGAUGGGACUCUACAUGGUGAUUGAAGCGCAAAACGGAUUGGCUUUGGUAUGGGACAAGAAGACCAGCAUAUAUAUCAAGUUGGAGUCCAGUUUCCAGGGUAAAGUAUGUGGACUUUGUGGUAACUAUGAUGGCAAUGCUGUCAAUGAUUUCACCACCAGAAGUCUGUCUGUGGUUGGAGAUGUGAUUGAAUUUGGCAAUAGCUGGAAACUCUCACCAAGCUGCUUGGAUUCUGGGGAAAUUGGGGAUCCCUGUUCUUCUAACCCAUUUAGAAAAGCAUGGUCACAGAGACAAUGUAGCAUCAUCACAAGUAGCACCUUCUUAUCUUGCCAUUCCUUGGUGGAUCCCCUUAGAUAUUAUGAAGCUUGUGUUAAUGAUGCAUGCGCCUGUGACACUGGUGGAGACUGUGAGUGCUUCUGUACAGCUGUAGCUUCGUAUGCCCAAGCUUGCAGCGAAGCUGGAGUCUGUGUCAGCUGGAGAACACCAACCAUGUGCCCUGUGUUCUGCGAUUACUACAAUCUCCAAGGACAAUGUGAGUGGCAUUAUAAAGCAUGUGGUGCUCCAUGUAUGAAGACCUGCCGAAACCCUACUGGAAUAUGCUACCAACACUUUCCAGGCUUAGAAGGAUGUUAUCCUAACUGCCCUGAAGACAGACCUUUCUUUGAUGAAGACAAAAUGCAGUGUGUGCCAACUUGCAACUGUUAUGACAAAAACAGAAAUGUAUAUAUUCCUGGGCAAGAAAUGCCUAAUGAAGAGGAAGAUGGUUUCUGCACAACCUGCAAAUGUACAAAAGAGGGUAGACGGUGUUCCAAUGAAACAGGUUGUUGUCUGUAUGAAAAAAAGGUAUAUAGGAACAGAAAAAUUAUUUACACUACAACUGAUGGAAUUGGUGGUUGUAUUAGAGCCAGUUGUGUUGAUGGUGAAAUUGAAAGGUAUAUCGACGACUGCUCAGCAACUACUACAACUGUACCAACCACAACAUUCAGCUUUUCCACCACUACUUCUUUUUCAACAAGUAGAUCAACAGUCACAGUGUGCUCAGUGGAUGUUUCUAAGGUCAAUUGCAGUUGGUCAAAAUGGUAUGAUGUAAGCUAUCCAGUAUAUGGAAAUGACAAGGGAGACAUUGAAACAUUUGAAAAUAUAAGAAAAAAAGGCUUCAAUAUUUGUGAUGCCCCCCGAAAUGUUGAGUGCAGAGCAAAGGAAUAUCCUGAAAAGGACCUAAAAGACUUAAAGCAAGAUGUAACAUGCAACAAAAAUGUCGGUCUAAUCUGUCUUAAUAGAAACAACUAUCCACUAUGCUAUAAUUAUCAGAUUAGGGUUGAAUGCUGUUACCCAAACAGUGAAUGUACAGCUACUGAAACUACCCCUUCAUCAGAAACACCAUUAACUACACUUACUUCUGUAUCAGUAUCAUCAUCCACAAGCUCCAGGCCAACUCCAGUGACAUCUUCCUCAACAACUCCUUCAAACCUCAGCACAACUAUUCCAUCCACAAAAACACUCUCUUCAGCAUCAGUGACAACGUCUUCAACAAUUUCCACACCUACUACUACUUCAACAACCUGUCCAUAUGUAAUGGAAUGCCGUAACACAACAUGGUUUGAUAACAGUAAACCAAGUAACAAGUUGGGUGGAGAAUUUGAAAGCCUGCCCAAAUUAAGAUCAAGUGGAUAUGAAAUCUGUACAGACCGUGAAAUGGAAAGCAGAAUCAUGUGUGAAGUUGUAGAGGAUUCAGGAUCUGGAUCCAAUAGGAAAAAUGCAGGAUCGAGCAGCGAAGAGGAAAAAGAAGUUUAUACGUGUGACCUCCAAAAUGGUUUAGUUUGUCUAAACUCCAAACAGAAAGGCUUCCGCUUUGGAAACAAAUGUUCCAAUUACAGGAUUAGGGUUGAGUGCUGUGCUAAGUAUUGUGAACCAACACCAAGUACAUCUACCUCCCUUAGCACAUCGACUUCUAAGCCAACUAUUUCCACAACUACUUCCUCAGGCCCUACUACAACUACUUCCUCAGUCCCUACAACAACUACUCCCUCAAGCCUUACCACAACUACUCCAACCUCAAAAACAACAAAACCUUCUUCUACAACACCUGUUAGUUCAACAAGCACUCCCUAUUCAUUAGUGACAACAUCCUCCUCCACUUCCACACCUGCUACUACAUCAACAACCUGUCCAUAUGUAAUGGAAUGCCGUAACACAACAUGGUUUGAUAACAGUAAACCAAGUAACAAGUUGGGUGGAGAAUUUGAAAGCCUGCCCAAAUUAAGAUCAAGUGGAUAUGAAAUCUGUACAGACCGUGAAAUGGAAAGCAGAAUCAUGUGUGAAGUUGUAGAGGAUUCAGGAUCUGGAUCCAAUAGGAAAAAUGCAGGAUCGAGCAGCGAAGAGGAAAAAGAAGUUUAUACGUGUGACCUCCAAAAUGGUUUAGUUUGUCUGAACUCCAAACAGAAAGGCUUCCGCUUUGGAAACAAAUGUUCCAAUUACAGGAUUAGGGUUGAGUGCUGUGCUAAGUAUUGUGAACCAACACCAAGUACAUCUACCUCCCUUAGCACAUCAACUUCUAAGCCAACUAUUUCCACAACUACUUCCUCAGGCCCUACUACAACUACUUCCUCAGGCCCUACAACUACUACUCCCUCAAGCCUUACCACAACUACUCCAAGCUCAAAAACAACAAAACCUUCUUCUACAACACCUGUUAGUUCAACAAGCACUCCCUAUUCAUUAGUGACAACAUCCUCCUCCACUUCCACACCUGCUACUACAUCAACAACCUGUCCAUAUGUAAUGGAAUGCCGUAACACAACAUGGUUUGAUAACAGUAAACCAAGUAACAAGUUGGGUGGAGAAUUUGAAAGCCUGCCCAAAUUAAGAUCAAGUGGAUAUGAAAUCUGUACAGACCGUGAAAUGGAAAGCAGAAUCAUGUGUGAAGUUGUAGAGGAUUCAGGAUCUGGAUCCAAUAGGAAAAAUGCAGGAUCGAGCAGCGAAGAGGAAAAAGAAGUUUAUACGUGCGACCUCCAAAAUGGUUUAGUUUGUCUGAACUCCAAACAGAAAGGCUUCCGCUUUGGAAACAAAUGUUCCAAUUACAGGAUUAGGGUUGAGUGCUGUGCUAAGUAUUGUGAACCAACACCAAGUACAUCUACCUCCCUUAGCACAUCAACUUCUAAGCCAACUAUUUCCACAACUACUUCCUCAGGCCCUACUACAACUACUUCCUCAGGCCCUACAACUACUACUCCCUCAAGCCUUACCACAACUACUCCAAGCUCAAAAACAACAAAACCUUCUUCUACAACACCUGUUAGUUCAACAAGCACUCCCUAUUCAUUAGUGACAACAUCCUCCUCCACUUCCACACCUGCUACUACAUCAACAACCUGUCCAUAUGUAAUGGAAUGCCGUAACACAACAUGGUUUGAUAACAGUAAACCAAGUAACAAGUUGGGUGGAGAAUUUGAAAGCCUGCCCAAAUUAAGAUCAAGUGGAUAUGAAAUCUGUACAGACCGUGAAAUGGAAAGCAGAAUCAUGUGUGAAGUUGUAGAGGAUUCAGGAUCUGGAUCCAAUAGGAAAAAUGCAGGAUCGAGCAGCGAAGAGGAAAAAGAAGUUUAUACGUGUGACCUCCAAAAUGGUUUAGUUUGUCUGAACUCCAAACAGAAAGGCUUCCGCUUUGGAAACAAAUGUUCCAAUUACAGGAUUAGGGUUGAGUGCUGUGCUAAGUAUUGUGAACCAACACCAAGUACAUCUACCUCCCUUAGCACAUCAACUUCUAAGCCAACUAUUUCCACAACUACUUCCUCAGGCCCUACUACAACUACUUCCUCAGUCCCUACAACUACUACUCCCUCAAGCCUUACCACAACUACUCCAAGCUCAAAAACAACAAAACCUUCUUCUACAACACCUGUUAGUUCAACAAGCACUCCCUAUUCAUUAGUGACAACAUCCUCCUCCACUUCCACACCUGCUACUACAUCAACAACCUGUCCAUAUGUAAUGGAAUGCCGUAACACAACGUGGUUUGAUAACAGUAAACCAAGUAACAAGUUGGGUGGAGAAUUUGAAAGCCUGCCCAAAUUAAGAUCAAGUGGAUAUGACAUCUGUACAGACCGUGAAAUGGAAAGCAGAAUCAUGUGUGAAGUUGUAGAGAAUUCAGGAUCUGGAUCCAAUAGGAAAAAUGCAGGAUCGAGCAGCGAAGAGGAAAAAGAAGUUUAUACGUGUGACCUCCAAAAUGGUUUAGUUUGUCUGAACUCCAAACAGAAAGGCUUCCGCUUUGGAAACAAAUGUUCCAAUUAUAGGAUUAGGGUUGAGUGCUGUGCUAAGUAUUGUGAACCAACACCAAGUACAUCUACCUCCCUAAGCACAUCAACUUCUAAGCCAACUAUUUCCACAACUACUUCCUCAGGCCCUACUACAACUACUUCCUCAGUCCCUACAACAACUACUCCCUCAAGCCCUACCACAACUACUCCAAGCUCAAAAACAACAAAACCUACGUCUACAACACCUGUUAGUUCAACAAGCACUCCCUAUUCAUUAGUGACAACAUCCUCCUCCACUUCCACACCUGCUUCUACUUCAACAACCUGUCCAUAUGUAAUGGAAUGCCGUAACACAACAUGGUUUGAUAACAGUAAACCAAGUAACAAGUUGGGUGGAGAAUUUGAAAGCCUGCCCAAAUUAAGAUCAAGUGGAUAUGAAAUCUGUACAGACCGUGAAAUGGAAAGCAGAAUCAUGUGUGAAGUUGUAGAGGAUUCAGGAUCUGGAUCCAAUAGGAAAAAUGCAGGAUCGAGCAGCGAAGAGGAAAAAGAAGUUUAUACGUGUGACCUCCAAAAUGGUUUAGUUUGUCUGAACUCCAAACAGAAAGGCUUCCUCUUUAGAAACAAAUGUUCCAAUUACAGGAUUAGGGUUGAGUGCUGUGCUAAGUAUUGUGAACCAACACCAAGUACAUCUACCUCCCUUAGCACAUCAACUUCUAAGCCAACUAUUUCCACAACUACUUCCUCAGGCCCUACUACAACUACUUCCUUAGUCCCUACAACAACUACUCCCUCAAGCCUUACUACAACUACUCCAAGCUCAAAUACAACAAAACCUACUUCUACAACACCUGUUAGUUCAACAAGCACUCCCUAUUCAUUAGUGACAACAUCCUCCUCCACUUCCACACCUGCUACUACAUCAACAACCUGUCCAUAUGUAAUGGAAUGCCGUAACACAACAUGGUUUGAUAACAGUAAACCAAGUAACAAGUUGGGUGGAGAAUUUGAAAGCCUGCCCAAAUUAAGAUCAAGUGGAUAUGAAAUCUGUACAGACCGUGAAAUGGAAAGCAGAAUCAUGUGUGAAGUUGUAGAGGAUUCAGGAUCUGGAUCCAAUAGGAAAAAUGCAGGAUCGAGCAGCGAAGAGGAAAAAGAAGUUUAUACGUGUGACCUCCAAAAUGGUUUAGUUUGUCUGAACUCCAAACAGAAAGGCUUCCGCUUUGGAAACAAAUGUUCCAAUUACAGGAUUAGGGUUGAGUGCUGUGCUAAGUAUUGUGAACCAACACCAAGUACAUCUACCUCCCUUAGCACAUCAACUUCUAAGCCAACUAUUUCCACAACUACUUCCUCAGGCCCUACUACAACUACUUCCUCAGUCCCUACAACAACUACUCCCUCAAGCCCUACCACAACUACUCCAAGCUCAAAAACAACAAAAUCUACGUCUACAACACCUGUUAGUUCAACAAGCACUCCCUAUUCAUUAGUGACAACAUCCUCCUCCACUUCCACACCUGCUACUACUUCAACAACCUGUCCAUAUGUAAUGGAAUGCCGUAACACAACAUGGUUUGAUAACAGUAAACCAAGUAACAAGUUGGGUGGAGAAUUUGAAAGCCUGCCCAAAUUAAGAUCAAGUGGAUAUGAAAUCUGUACAGACCGUGAAAUGGAAAGCAGAAUCAUGUGUGAAGUUGUAGAGGAUUCAGGAUCUGGAUCCAAUAGGAAAAAUGCAGGAUCGAGCAGCGAAGAGGAAAAAGAAGUUUAUACGUGUGACCUCCAAAAUGGUUUAGUUUGUCUGAACUCCAAACAGAAAGGCUUCCUCUUUAGAAACAAAUGUUCCAAUUACAGGAUUAGGGUUGAGUGCUGUGCUAAGUAUUGUGAACCAACACCAAGUACAUCUACCUCCCUUAGCACAUCAACUUCUAAGCCAACUAUUUCCACAACUACUUCCUCAGGCCCUACUACAACUACUUCCUCAGUCCCUACAACAACUACUCCCUCAAGCCUUACUACAACUACUCCAAGCUCAAAUACAACAAAACCUACUUCUACAACACCUGUUAGUUCAACAAGCACUCCCUAUUCAUUAGUGACAACAUCCUCCUCCACUUCCACACCUGCUACUACAUCAACAACCUGUCCAUAUGUAAUGGAAUGCCGUAACACAACGUGGUUUGAUAACAGUAAACCAAGUAACAAGUUGGGUGGAGAAUUUGAAAGCCUGCCCAAAUUAAGAUCAAGUGGAUAUGAAAUCUGUACAGACCGUGAAAUGGAAAGCAGAAUCAUGUGUGAAGUUGUAGAGAAUUCAGGAUCUGGAUCCAAUAGGAAAAAUGCAGGAUCGAGCAGCGAAGAGGAAAAAGAAGUUUAUACGUGUGACCUCCAAAAUGGUUUAGUUUGUCUGAACUCCAAACAGAAAGGCUUCCGCUUUGGAAACAAAUGUUCCAAUUACAGGAUUAGGGUUGAGUGCUGUGCUAAGUAUUGUGAACCAACACCAAGUACAUCUACCUCCUUAAGCACAUCAACUUCUAAGCCAACUAUUUCCACAACUACUUCCUCAGGCCCUACUACAACUACUUCCUCAGUCCCUACAACAACUACUCCCUCAAGCCCUACCACAACUACUCCAAGCUCAAAAACAACAAAACCUACGUCUACAACACCUGUUAGUUCAACAAGCACUCCCUAUUCAUUAGUGACAACAUCCUCCUCCACUUCCACACCUGCUACUACUUCAACAACCUGUCCAUAUGUAAUGGAAUGCCGUAACACAACAUGGUUUGAUAACAGUAAACCAAGUAACAAGUUGGGUGGAGAAUUUGAAAGCCUGCCCAAAUUAAGAUCAAGUGGAUAUGAAAUCUGUACAGACCGUGAAAUGGAAAGCAGAAUCAUGUGUGAAGUUGUAGAGGAUUCAGGAUCUGGAUCCAAUAGGAAAAAUGCAGGAUCGAGCAGCGAAGAGGAAAAAGAAGUUUAUACGUGUGACCUCCAAAAUGGUUUAGUUUGUCUGAACUCCAAACAGAAAGGCUUCCUCUUUAGAAACAAAUGUUCCAAUUACAGGAUUAGGGUUGAGUGCUGUGCUAAGUAUUGUGAACCAACACCAAGUACAUCUACCUCCCUUAGCACAUCAACUUCUAAGCCAACUAUUUCAACAACUACUUCCUCAGGCCCUACUACAACUACUUCCUCAGUCCCUACAACAACUACUCCCUCACGCCUUACUACAACUACUCCAAGCUCAAAUACAACAAAACCUACUUCUACAACACCUGUUAGUUCAACAAGCACUCCCUAUUCAUUAGUGACAACAUCCUCCUCCACUUCCACACCUGCUACUACAUCAACAACCUGUCCAUAUGUAAUGGAAUGCCGUAACACAACAUGGUUUGAUAACAGUAAACCAAGUAACAAGUUGGGUGGAGAAUUUGAAAGCCUGCCCAAAUUAAGAUCAAGUGGAUAUGAAAUCUGUACAGACCGUGAAAUGGAAAGCAGAAUCAUGUGUGAAGUUGUAGAGGAUUCAGGAUCUGGAUCCAAUAGGAAAAAUGCAGGAUCGAGCAGCGAAGAGGAAAAAGAAGUUUAUACGUGUGACCUCCAAAAUGGUUUAGUUUGUCUGAACUCCAAACAGAAAGGCUUCCGCUUUGGAAACAAAUGUUCCAAUUACAGGAUUAGGGUUGAGUGCUGUGCUAAGUAUUGUGAACCAACACCAAGUACAUCUACCUCCCUUAGCACAUCAACUUCUAAGCCAACUAUUUCCACAACUACUUCCUCAGGCCCUACUACAACUACUUCCUCAGUCCCUACAACAACUACUCCCUCAAGCCCUACCACAACUACUCCAAGCUCAAAAACAACAAAACCUACGUCUACAACACCUGUUAGUUCAACAAGCACUCCCUAUUCAUUAGUGACAACAUCCUCCUCCACUUCCACACCUGCUACUACUUCAACAACCUGUCCAUAUGUAAUGGAAUGCCGUAACACAACAUGGUUUGAUAACAGUAAACCAAGUAACAAGUUGGGUGGAGAAUUUGAAAGCCUGCCCAAAUUAAGAUCAAGUGGAUAUGAAAUCUGUACAGACCGUGAAAUGGAAAGCAGAAUCAUGUGUGAAGUUGUAGAGGAUUCAGGAUCUGGAUCCAAUAGGAAAAAUGCAGGAUCGAGCAGCGAAGAGGAAAAAGAAGUUUAUACGUGUGACCUCCAAAAUGGUUUAGUUUGUCUGAACUCCAAACAGAAAGGCUUCCUCUUUAGAAACAAAUGUUCCAAUUACAGGAUUAGGGUUGAGUGCUGUGCUAAGUAUUGUGAACCAACACCAAGUACAUCUACCUCCCUUAGCACAUCAACUUCUAAGCCAACUAUUUCUACAACUACUUCCUCAGGCCCUACUACAACUACUUCCUCAGUCCCUACAACAACUACUCCCUCAAGCCUUACUACAACUACUCCAAGCUCAAAUACAACAAAACCUACUUCUACAACACCUGUUAGUUCAACAAGCACUCCCUAUUCAUUAGUGACAACAUCCUCCUCCACUUCCACACCUGCUACUAGUUCAACAACCUGUCCAUAUGUAAUGGAAUGCCGUAACACAACAUGGUUUGAUAACAGUAAACCAAGUAACAAGUUGGGUGGAGAAUUUGAAAGCCUGCCCAAAUUAAGAUCUAGUGGAUAUGAAAUCUGUACAGACCGUGAAAUGGAAAGCAGAAUCAUGUGUGAAGUUGUAGAGGAUUCAGGAUCUGGAUCCAAUAGGAAAAAUGCAGGAUCGAGCAGCGAAGAGGAAAAAGAAGUUUAUACGUGUGACCUCCAAAAUGGUUUAGUUUGUCUGAACUCCAAACAGAAAGGCUUCCUCUUUAGAAACAAAUGUUCCAAUUACAGGAUUAGGGUUGAGUGCUGUGCUAAGUAUUGUGAACCAACACCAAGUACAUCUACCUCCCUUAGCACAUCAACUUCUAAGCCAACUAUUUCUACAACUACUUCCUCAGGCCCUACUACAACUACUUCCUCAGUCCCUACAACAACUACUCCCUCAAGCCUUACUACAACUACUCCAAGCUCAAAUACAACAAAACCUACUUCUACAACACCUGUUAGUUCAACAAGCACUCCCUAUUCAUUAGUGACAACAUCCUCCUCCACUUCCACACCUGCUACUAGUUCAACAACCUGUCCAUAUGUAAUGGAAUGCCGUAACACAACAUGGUUUGAUAACAGUAAACCAAGUAACAAGUUGGGUGGAGAAUUUGAAAGCCUGCCCAAAUUAAGAUCUAGUGGAUAUGAAAUCUGUACAGACCGUGAAAUGGAAAGCAGAAUCAUGUGUGAAGUUGUAGAGGAUUCAGGAUCUGGAUCCAAUAGGAAAAAUGCAGGAUCGAGCAGCGAAGAGGAAAAAGAAGUUUAUACCUGUGACCUCCAAAAUGGUUUAGUUUGUCUGAACUCCAAACAGAAAGGCUUUCUCUUUAGAAACAAAUGUUCCAAUUACAGGAUUAGGGUUGAGUGCUGUGCCAAGUAUUGUGAACCAACACCAAGUACAUCUACCUCCCUUAGCACAUCAACUUCUAAGCCAACUAUUUCCACAACUACUUCCUCAGGCCCUACUACAACUACUUCUUCAGGCCCUACUACAACUACUUCCUCAGGCCCUACUACAACUACUCCCUCAAGCCUUACCACAACUACUCCAAGCUCAAAAACAACAAAACCUACCUCUACACCACCUGUUGGUUCAACAACCACUCCCUACUCAUUAGUGACAACAUCCUCCUCCACUUCCACACCUGCUACCACUUCAACAAGCUGUCCAUAUGUAAUGGAAUGCCGUAACACAACAUGGUUUGAUAACAGUAAACCAAGUGAUAAGUUGGGUGGAGAAUUUGAAAGCCUGUCCAAAUUAAGAUCAAGUGGAUAUGAAAUCUGUACAGACCGUGAAAUGGAAAGCAGAAUCAUGUGUGAAGUUGUAGAGGAUUCAGGAUCUGGAUCCAAUAGGAAAAUCGCAGGAUCGAGCAGCGAGGAGGAAAAAGAAGUUUAUACGUGUGACCUCCAAAAUGGUUUAGUUUGUCUGAACUCCAAACAAAAAGGCUUCCUCUUUAGAAACAAAUGUUCCAAUUACAGGAUUAGGGUUGAGUGUUGCGCGAAGUACUGUGAACCCACACCAAGAAGUACAACUACCUCUCUUCCUACAUCAGUUACUAUUUCCACAUCGACUCCUGUGAUAUAUUCCUUGCCUACGUCUUCUUCAACUACCUCAGCUACUAUUACAUCUACCCAUAUUACUGUCACUUCAACCUCUGGAACAACUAGUUCCCCCGUGUCUAAAACAACAAGCACUACCUUUUCUACAUCACCUUCUUUUAGUAUUACAUCUGCAAGUACAACAGUAUCACCAUCACCACCAGUUACGGUGUCUGAGCCCACAACAAUAUCUACAUUUUCCAAGACCACUCCACCAACGUCAUCUACUACAUAUCCAACUAUGAGCAUUUCAACUUCAUGUUUCUGCCAAGUCAACGAAUCUUUAUUCUCACCCGGGGACAUCAUCUAUAGAACCUUAGAUAAGGUUGGUUGUGAGUACUAUGCAAAAUGUGGUGUUAAUUGUACAGCAGAGAGGUUUGUUGGAAAUUGUGCCUCAACAACAGUCUCAACCAUUUCUUCUGUUGUGACUAAAACAACUGGCCCGACCACCUCAGCCAACACAACUUCAGUGAUAGUGUCCACAGUCUCUACAACUGUUCCUGUAUCCAGUAGCCCAUCAUGUGGUGAGUGUGUAUGCCAGAUGCCAAAAUGUGAAACGGGGUAUCGUGUGUACUCUUUCCUGCCACCGGGUGCCUGCUGUGUCAAUAUCACUUGUGUACCCGACUCUGUUUGUGUGGUCGACAACAAUGUAUAUCAGCGGGGAUCUAUCAUCCCGCAGCGAAAAGGUUCAUGUCAAACAUGCUUAUGUUCUAAUGAAAUGGACAAAAGUUCUGAGUUUUAUGCUGUAAAGUGCCAGCCAAUUGAGUGUAAGAAGACAUGUAGUCAAGGUUAUGUGUAUAAGCAAAUAGAAGGACAGUGUUGUGGUGAAUGUGUACCGCUUCAAUGUACUAUGAAGGGAGAGGAAAACACAGAAGUGAAUAUAAAGAUUGGAGAUACAUACCGCACAAACUACAGUACGUGCAGCUAUUAUGAAUGUAAUGAGGAAAAUGGUGUGCCAAUUCUUACCAAGGUGAAGAAGGUCUGCCAGAAUCUAGAUCUCUCUAAAUGUGACAUGAGUACCCUAAAAUAUGACGAAGAUGGUUGCUGCAAGACAUGUCAACCAAAGAACAUCAUUACAGUUACAGAAAAACCCAAGAUUAUCGAAGACUGCAGUUUGCGUAAGAACGUAACUGUCCUGAAACAGGGUGACUGUGAGACUGAGGUGGAACUCUCAUACUGUGGUGGACCAUGCAUGGGAUCUUCCAUGUAUUCAAUGGCUAAGAAUGGUAUAGACCACAAAUGUACUUGCUGUACUGAGAUGGAGGUAGGACAGAAGACAAUCCAGCUGCUUUGUGCUGAUGGUCUCCGUAAAAGUUACACGUACAUCGAUGUCCUCCGUUGUGGCUGUGCUGGGGCUGAGUGCACGCCUGACAGUGGUCUUACUGGACUCCAUAAAUACUCCAAGGAAAGCUAUGAGCUUAACUAAAUGGUUCAUAUUAAGAGCUAGGCCUAAGGCAAACAUAUUUUAGCCUUUUAAGGUAAAAUGUAUUUGUGCAUAUUAAUUAGAUCUGUAAUGUCAACACAAUCAUUGUUAACAUUAGAUAAUCAUGAUCUAAUGUAAUCUGCAGUAUUUUGGAAAGCAACACCCAGUUUUGUUUAAUGUAGACUGUAAUAAAUUUUGAAGCAAAA